GCUCACUACAUUUGAGAGUUUCACAAAUCAAAAUAGAGUUUACAGGGAGUGAAGAUAAGAAAAAAGAGAGAAUGGGUAAGAACAACACCAUAAUCCUCUUGCAAUUUGCUGUUCUCGCGAUAGUUUUAACAAUGGUGAAAGAAGCCACAAGCAUUCCCAUUUGCAACAUCGACACAAACGACUUGGAGAAAUGCCGUGCAGCCGUCACUGGAAACAACCCUCCAGCUCCUGGACCGGACUGCUGCGCAGUGGCCAGAUCCGCUAAUCUACAAUGCCUUUGCCCGUACAAGCCUUAUCUCUCCAGUUUCGGGAUUAACCCAUCUAAGGUCAGGCCUCUUCUAGCCAAGUGUGGUAUAAACAGUCCUCCCUCCUGUUUCUCAGCUUGAGGAACUGAGCUCAGACUCUCUCUUGCCCUGAAGUCUCUAAGCGACUAUGUCUUACCCUGAAGUCUCUAAGCUACAAUAUGUCACGUGCUGUUCUGAUUCGAAUUAGUUCUCAAAUCACCUUCUCUAUUACAUAGAUAAACCAUGUUCUAUAUUACUACAUACCGUAUUAUGAAAAGAAUAAAGUACUUUCUACUUUCUUGAUUAUC